AUGUUCAAAUACGUCGUAUUCGGUCUCUUGGUGGCUUCGGCCAUUGCCACACCAGCCCCAAGCUCUGGCUUGGAUUGCAACGAGUCAGAUGAUCAGCUGACUUGCUUAGCCGUCAAGGCUGCCGCUACCCUCGAGAGGGCCGCCAGGUCAGCUGACAUCGAAAUCAUCGAUGGAGUUACCCUCGUCAGAGACACCCCAGUCGAACGCACCGGAAAAGCAUUGAAAUCAGAAUCUGAAAUCAUGUCCGAAUUGCCCGCUGAUUCCACCGAAAAAGCCAUGGCUGUUGCCACCAUGAUGUACGAUAACGCCGUCAACUUCCUCCAAAGCCACAGUUUGAACGUCGAUAUGUCAGAAGCUCGCCACCUCGACGUCGACGACAUUUUCUCGCACUCGCACUCGCACUUGCACUCGCACCACUCCCCAAGCAAGAAGCACAAGAAAUUGUUGUCUCCUCUGCUUUCCAUCAUCGGAGUCAAGCUCUUCGCUCUCGCCCCCUUCUUCUUGGGUAAACUCGCACUCGCAGUCGGCAAAGCCAUCUUCUUCAGCAAAGUCGCCCUUUUGAUUACUGGAGUCCUCCUCUUCCAAAAAUUCUUUGGCUCUGCUAGCCAGCUCGCCGGUGGAUUCCCAGGUGGUCUCUUCGGAAAGAACAACGUCACCCCACAAUACAACUACGAACCAGCCACCUAUGCCCAGGCUGGAGCUGGUGCAUACUCUGCUGGAUACCAGAGAUCUUUGGAUGCUCAGCAACUCGCUUACUCCACUCAAGCACCCGCUCAAUAAGUUAACAUCUACGGUAGAAAUACUUUAGGGCCAUGAUGGCAAUUUUAUUCAUGACACAUUGAAGAUUUUCCUUCCGCUGUUGAGUAUACGACUUUACUCGAGCGCGACGAAAAUCUCGUCCAAUGUUGCCUGACUUGACGACGACG